UUGAGUAUGCAAGAGCAUAAAUCUUUUCUAAUAAAGGACUUACUAGGUGAUGUGCUAGUGGAGAUGCGCGAAGAUUUAGAUAACAAUCUUGAAGAUAAUUCCGGAAGAGAUAACGACGAUGAUAAUAAGCAACGAUAUCUGGGACUAGGCGUUACGGAUACGGGCGGCCUAGGGGAUGCAGUUAAAGGCCGAAAACCUAGGCGAAGGCGCACCGCUUUCACGCACGCGCAACUGGCAUAUCUAGAAAGAAAAUUCCGAUGCCAGAAGUAUCUUUCGGUAGCCGAUCGUAGUGACGUUGCAGAUGCGUUGAAUUUGACUGAAACGCAAGUUAAAACAUGGUAUCAAAAUAGAAGAACGAAAUGGAAAAGGCAGAAUCAGUUACGCCUGGAGCAACUGAGGCAACAAGCGUCGGUUGAGAAGGAACUGCUGUCGACAAGUUUGCGCAACGCAGAGGAUGGAGUUCCGUGUUGCGCACCGACGGGUAUAACAAGAUAUGGAACGCAGUCACCUUGCAGUUUUUUGACAACUGCAGCCGCCGCUAUUUUCCACAACGUGACCUAUGUCCAUGGGUGUCAGUUAUAA